ACACGCACACAUACACACAGACUCAAGCAAAAAAUUGUAAAAGUAUGGCAAAUGUAUGAAACAAUGUAAAAUGCAAAAGAGAAUGAAAUUCGAAAAGAGGCGCGCAAAGCGCGCGUGGCCAAAAGUGUUCGUUGGGUAAAAGGGACAGUAAACGUACCCAAAGUACGCCGCCCGGAGGAAACGGGAUGUAAAAAUGUAUCCCUUUUUUCCGAACCGGGGAAAAUUAAAGUAAAGUACAUUGUCUAUAACGCAGUUUAUCAGAGUCCAUAACUGCGCAAAGACCAGUUUUCGUUCUUUCGUGCGCAUCUUCGCCCUGAUUGGCGAUACUCCCACUCCCAUACGCUUGCGCACAGCGUCGCUGAGGUGCCUCCACGCGGUGCAUCUACUCGAAAAUGUAUCAUUUGGAGUGUAUAACGGGUAGCACGGUAUUUUACUCACGUGUAUCAUUCUGUAUUCAUCCUAUUUAACCGUACUAUUGUUUCACCCCGUAUAUUAAACUCGGGGUUAACGAAGUGAGGACCGAUUGGAGGAGUGGGAGUUCGACGCUCGCUAAGUACCCCCACCACCGCCAACCUGCGCGACUUAGUUAGUUAUGGUUAGUUAUGGACUCUCGUGGAAAAGAGUAUAGACGUCAUCUGCUUUUGUAUAUAUUCAUAUAUGUCACGGCAGUUAUACUUAUAUCUAAAUUUGUAUGUUUCUGAAGAGUUCUAUUAUCCACAAAUUUUUAAAGGACUGUUAAAAUAAAUACAUAAACAUGUUUGGGUUUAAUGUAUUUCCGGAGAUUCCACGACCUUUCAAUACCCAGUAUAAAUGUUUCUCCGUGUCAAUGUUGCCGGGUACAUACCGGCAAGAUGUAGAACGCGGUGGAAAAAUAAUUAUGCCUCCUUCGGCGUUAGAACAACUUACAAGGCUGAAUAUUAAUUAUCCCAUGUUAUUUAAAUUAACUAAUAAAAAGACCAAUAGAGUUACCCAUUGCGGUGUUCUGGAAUUUGUAGCGGAUGAAGGAAAAGUUUAUUUACCUUAUUGGAUGAUGCGUAAUCUUCUGUUACAAGAAGAAGAAUUAAUAAAUGUUGAAAGCGUUUCAUUACCAGUUGCAACAUUUUCACGUUUUCAACCACAGUCUGAAGAUUUCCUAGAUAUCACAAAUCCUAAAGCUGUUUUAGAAAAUGGAUUAAGAAGUUUUGCUUGUCUUACAACAGGGGAUAUCAUAGCUAUAAAAUAUAAUCAGAGAAUAUAUGAAAUGUGUGUUUUGGAAACAAAACCUGGCCCAGCUGUUAGCAUUAUAGAAUGUGAUAUGAAUGUUGAAUUUGCCCCACCGGUGGGAUAUGUAGAGCCAGAGGAAGAAAUUAAGAAAGAUGAAAAUAUAGUAGAUCCUGCAGAUUUAAUGCCAGCACCAGCUGGUUUUGUGCCAUUUAAAGGACAAGGCAACAGAUUAGAUGGCAAGAAACGUAAAGAUUCUGCUCAAGCAGAGGGAUCUGCAAAUAAACCAACAUAUGUUAGAGGAAUACCAGAUUAUGAUUACAAAAUAGGAACUCUUAUAUUCUUGCGCAAUAUGAAACCUGUUAAUAAUAAAGAGAUAAAAGAUCCGGAUGAAUUUAAGGCAUUUACCGGGGAAGGUUUUUCUCUUAGAAAAUCAAGAAAAUGAUUGAAUUACUAACAGUCUAUUUUCUUACUAUUACAUGUGUAUAUGUUUGUAAAAUAGGACUGAUGAUUUUACUUACUUCAUGUGUGAGACCUAAGCACUGGAAAAAUAAUUUAAAUUCUUGUACAGAAAUUUCACCACUUUGAUCUUUGUCCACUGCCUGAAAUUGUAUAUUUAAUAACAUU